CCCGAGCGCUUUGUACCCACAGGGCCGACCCCGGCACAGCCCAAUGUCCCGGCACAGCCCAGUGUCCCGGCACAGCCCAGUGCCCCGGCACAGCCCAAUGCCCCGGCACAGCCCAGUGGCCCUGGCACAGCCCAGCACCCCCCGUUCAGCCCAGUGCCCCCAGUUCAGACCAGUGCCACCAGUUCACACCCGCACCUCACACGCAGCCCCGUACCCAGCACAGCCCAGUGCUCUCAGUUCUGGGAACGGGGCUGCGUGUGAGGUAAAGUUCGGACCUUCACCUCACACGCAGCCCCUUUCCCAGAACAGCCCAGUGCCCCCAGUUCAAUCCAGUGCCACCAGUACAGCCCAGUUGCCCCCAGUUCGGCCCAGCAUCUCAUACACAGCCCCAUCCCCAGUACAGCCCGGUGCUCCCAGUUCAGCCCAGCACCCACAGUCCCAUCCCCAGUAUAGCCCAGUGCUCCCAGUUCAGCCCAGCACCCACAGUCCCAUCCCCAGUAUAGCCCAGUGCUCCCAGUUCAGCCUAGCACCCACAGUCCCAUCCCCAGUACAGCCCAGUGCCCCCAGUUGUGCCCCGCACCCCACACACACAUUCCCUCAAUCAGCCCAGUGUCCCAUGGCACCACUCCCUGUUCCACACACCCCCAGUUUAUUCCAGUGCUUCACAUGCCUGCAGCCAGCACCUUCCAGCUCAUCCCAGUGCCUCCAGCAUGGCCCAGCACCCCCAGUUCAGCCUCAUAUCCAGGCCAUGGUGGCCUCCAGCCCUGAUCCCUCCUCAGGGGCUGCCAGGUCCUGUUCUCUUGGCCACUUUGGGUCAUUGGUGGCUUUUCAGCCAGUUCAGUCGUUAACAUCUCCAGAGCUGGUGGCAAAGAGCAGCAAGUGCUUGUCACCCCCAGUGGAUUGUCAUCCUCAUGGAAAGGGUGGCCAGGCACUGGAACUGCCCAGGGCAGUGGUGGAAUCACCAUCCCUGGAAGUGCUCAAAAAACAAGUGGUUGUGAGGACAUGGUUUAGUGGUGGGCUUGGCAGUGCUGGGUUAAUGGUUGGGCUCAGAGGGCCUUUCCAGCCCAAAUGAUGCCAUGAUACCAGGGUGCCUGAGGGAGGCUGGCUGGGGAAGUCAGUCCUCUGGGCUCCCGGUGCUCAUGGAAAGGCUGGAUCGAGCUUGUUGCUCAUGUUCGUGAUCUCAGGGAGCCUCACAGCUCUGAUACAACCUGCCUUGUGGUUCCUGUGCCUCUGGAUUAGGAAGGGUGAUGUUACUUCCCUGGCACUCUUUGGUGUCUUCAUCUUAUUUUAUGUUUAACUGAGAUCAGAAAUUAUCAGCAAUUAUAUUAGAGGAUGUCCUGGGGUUUUAUGCAAAUUCUUCUGUAUUUGAUUGCAUUAAUAAGAUAUUUGACCACCUUGAGAUAUUCCCACUGUGGAUUUUGCUGGGCAGUCCCCCCAGGGACACAGUGCAGGGGUGGGUGGCUGCUGAGGGAGAUGAGCAGCAUGGUGUAAUCUGCAGGGCCAUUCUCCACAGGGCCAGAGAUAACAACUGAGCGAGAGGAGGUGGCGCUGAGGGGACAGAGUUGUCUAGGGGUGAUUAAAGAGCAGUCCCAUUAUCGCAGCAGAGCACUCCUCAUGCACCAGCACUGGGCAGCCACGUUAAAAUUUCGCAGUAUGUCUGCUUCAAAAUAUAAUUUCACUUUCUUAAAUAAUAAAUUACAGACAUAUCUGUCAUUUCCAUCUCUUGGAGGUUCAGUAGCAAUUAGUUAGUCUUUAUUUCUAUUAAAGCAAAGAUUGCAAGUUCUUCGAGCACUGGUAGGAAAUUAAAGAGUAAAGCCAGGAUUUAGACUCCACUUUUAAGACUUCAAAAACUUAAUAUGCCUUGAAUAUUUCAGAGUUAGAGCAGAUAUAUGUGCCACUUAAUCCACAGCAUUCUCCUGGAGGGGAAGACAGUUUCUGCAGAUAAUACAGGCAUAUGGGGAAAGUUACCCCUGGUCUCCCAGCAAUGCCUUUCAAGAGGCCACUGGGUUUACAAUCAGGGCUGACAGAAAUUAUAAUCCCACUUCUAUAAUUAGCUAACAGGCCUGUUGGUCUCUUCUGCUGCUUAGAAUGAGAAACUCAGGCAGCUGGGUUUUAGAACAGGAUUAAAACCGACCUACAUUAAUUUAAAAACAAAAUCAGUUUUGGUGAUUUUAUGACAAAGAUCCACCAUCUGCCCAAGAGUGGACAUUCUGCUGUGAGUCUAUGGAUCAUCAUGAGAAGCAGCAGCAAGAGAGGAAGGCAGGUCUGGUGGAGUUUCCCAGAGGACAUGGUUUCAGUGCCAACCCUGUGACAGAGGAACACCAUCAGUCAUGUUGUCCAGCUCCUUGUGUUGCUGUGGCCAGGACCCCCCUGUCUCACUGCCCUAUGGGCAGCUGGAGCACUGGGAUGAGGAACUUGGCUGAGAGGUCCAUGCAAAGCCAGAGACAGUCACUUCCCACAGCAUGUUGUAUUCCGUAGCUGAGGGUCAUGCUUUUCCCUCCAGGCACACUCCUGAGGAGUCUCCACAACCAUUCCCAGCACAGCCCCGAUCCUGGGGGAGCAAUGAGCUCCUUCUAGCAAACCACUGUCACCUUUUGGCUGCUCUGGCUUUUGUGAUAGUGCAAGAGUAACUCUCAGAAAAAGAAUUCAAAUUCCACAAUGAUUUCAGUGAUGAUGACUCCUCCUGUGCAGACAUUGCUUUAAGCAUUGUGCCUACACAGACCUUAAUCCUCCAGUCACAGAGGACCAAUGUUCAGGUUACACAGUGGGCAGCAAAACAGGAAGGAAUCCUCAGGGCCUGUGCCUUAUCCCUGUGUAUAUCUGGGUCACAGCAUUGAUUGAGUAACCCCUGAUUAAAAGCCCUCUCGCUGAGGAGAGCUUGGAGCACAGCCAUGGACAUGCCGUGUAACAGGCAGCACUUUGGGGAGGAGACAAAAACAUUAUAUAAAUGGAUACUUCACAACAGCAUCUUUAUUUUUCAAAGUAAUCUUUCUAUGGGAAAGCUGCAAGUUCUGGAAAUGUGUGUAGCAAGGGAUGAUGAAAGCCUCCUUUGGUAAUGCCAUACAUUUAAGCUGUAUAAACUGAAUAUUGUGUUGUCCUGUGCCCUGGCUGCUGCCCAUGCUGCACUUUGAAUUGGAGACUGCGCUGCUCUGCAUCUGUGUAGCUAGAGUUAGCUCCAGGUUUUCAGGGGACAUGUAUGGCAUUAUCAAAGGAAAGAUAUACAAAGAGCUCUAUGAUAAUAUUUCCUAUAGUAAUGUGAUUGUUCUCCCUUGGUCUCAGGUGAGCCCCCUCUUGCAUCCCCUCUCAAAGUGAAUUAUCCAACCCAUGGGCAGGAGGGCUGAGGACUGUGGCACUGAACAGAAUCUGAAAUUAAAUCCCAGAUGAGGUGUUGGCCUCCACAGAGGGGAUGAUAAUGCAAGAUCACCGAACCCAACUGGGCUUGCAGAUCAAGAGGCACCAAGUGCUUUGUGCUUGCCCUUUGGGGAAGUCCAGGGUUUCUCCUGAUUCAUGUGACAGGUGGCAUGCAGAGAGGCUUAAAUUCAGGGCCCAGCACAGAGUACAAGGGGUGGGUAAGAGUCCUUCUGCAAGUGCCACUUGCCCCAGGGCACAGGGGACACCAGAGGUUACAGAAGUUGCUGUCUGACCCCAUCCCUACCACUUUUCUGGUACCACUGGUUCAUUCCCAGCCGAUUCCAGGAUGCAGUGGAAGAGCCACACUCCCAGGAAAAGCAGGGUUUGCAGUGUAUGGAUCAACUCCUCCAGGCUAUGGAGUCUGCCCAGAGAAGAGAGACCUAUCACCAUGUGACAGCAAAGAAGAAACUCCUGCCACACACACAACACACAUGGCUCCCACCCCAAACCCAGCACCUGCCCAGCAGCACAGCAUGGCCAUACCAUGGCUCCCAAGAGAGGCUCCAAGGCUGGUGCACGCCCCAGGUGUGACACCCAUACUUUGGUACAGGCUGGACAUACUCCAAUCCACACAUGAUCCAAGGACCAAUAGAUCCCUAGGAGGGUUUUCCCCUAGCUGGGGAUCACCCUCCAUAGCAGUGGGGCACCACUGCUGUGAAACACAGACACAUCUUGGUGAGGAAUCUGGCUGAGACAGACCAACCUUCUCUGCUCAAGUGUGCAGGACUGUUUGGGCAGAGAACACCGCCUGACCCCUCUGACUGCACCAGCCAGCAGGGCUGCCAGUGCUCAGUGGUGACUUGUGAGGCUGCUGCAGCUUAUCAGCAUGGCAGAGAGAUUUACCUCUGCUUCAUGUGCUGGCAGGAUAUUCAAGCCCAGAAGUUCAGCAGCGACCAUCUCCAGUAGGAUAUUUCUUUGACACUUUGCCCACUUAUCUGUGAUUACAGACUUGUGCUGGUCUUCUUUUUGCUUGUUUGGUCCUUCACCCAUCCAGUGUGCCUGUGUUCUGAUGCUACCAACCAUUUAUUAUGGGACCAGGCAUUCCUGUGCAUGUCCAGCACUGGCUGUAGUGCUGAGGGCUAUUUUACAGUACCAAGGGUAAAGAACAGCAGAAUCACACAGUUAGAAAUUAAAGACAUGCAACAGGAGGCAUUUAGUGAUGAAAACAAAAAGUCUGACUGGUCUUCCUCAACACACACUUUUUUUUAGGACCAUACUCAAUUUCACAAACUCUCUUAUCCAUAGGAAACAUUACUACCACUGCUGUUAUAAUCCAUAUCAAUUGCAGAGUAAGUCCCUAAUUCUCUGUAAGAGGCUGGCAAAGUGAAGUCCUGGCAGUGAUGAAGAAAGUGGCAAAAUCUCUACUUAUUCUCACAAAAUCACUGUUUCACUGACCCUCUGAACUAUACCACACAUCUCCCAGCCUGCCUCUACCACCACCUAGGAAUCAUUUCAUGUGAAAAAUUGUGGCACAGGGCAGCCACAUAUACUGGAAUUGUAUUAUAUGGCCCAGAAAGGCCCAGAGUCUUGUGUUCACACUUGUGAACCGAAGGAGGAAAUGCAGAUUCCUCUCCAAACUCCUUAGUAUGCUUGAAGUCCAUAUGCUCCUCAGCUUAAAGAUGUGUCCUAACGCUUCAUCAAUGGAAUUUCCCAGCAUUAUCUCUCUGUUCAUGUAUCAAUAUGUGUCCAGACAAUUUCUUUGGACCACACAGCUGUUUUGUUACAAAGCAAGAAGCUGAUAAGGCCAGUGGGAGAGGAGGGCAGUGCGCUGACCCUGGCCGAAAUAGCCAUUGCUCCUCGGGGAGAUAAGUGUCUCCCGCUCCAUGGGAGGGCUCUGGAGUGACCAAUGAGUGUGGACAGGCACCAAGGUCCGCUCUCCCCUUCCCCUUUAUAACCAGGGCUGCCGGGGUGGGGAUCCAAACCUGCUCCGAGCGGUCACUGCGAGGGACAGAGCCAGCACCUCCCGCACGAUGACGCUGACCCAAGCCGAGAAAGCCGCCGUGGUCACCAUCUGGGCCAAGGUGGCCACCCAAGCCGAUGCCAUCGGGGCAGAAUCACUGGAGAGGCUUUUCUCCAGCUACCCCCAGACGAAAACCUACUUCCCUCACUUCGACCUCAGCCAAGGCUCGGCUCAGCUUCGUGGUCACGGCUCCAAGGUCAUGAACGCCGUGGGGGAAGCCGUGAAGCACGUUGAUGACAUUCGAGGAGCUUUGGCCAAGCUCAGCGAGCUGCACGCUUACAUCCUCCGCGUGGACCCCGUGAACUUCAAGCUGCUUUCCCACUGUAUCCUGUGCUCCGUGGCUGCCCGCUAUCCCAGUGACUUCACCCCAGAAGUUCAUGCUGCAUGGGACAAGUUCCUGUCCAGUGUUUCCUCUGUCCUGACUGAGAAAUACAGAUAAAUGGCCUCCACAGAGGGUGAGGGAGGCACAUCCCAGGCUCUGGGGAAUCACCCCUUCCUAGGCAGCCCUCUCAAAUCCCCUCUGCAGGGGGGUUUGGUCAUCUGCAAAACCCAAUAAAUAAUUCAAAU